AUGACGCUUGUCGAAGACAGCCAGACGUACCAGCUUUCGGCGAGGCUGAUCUUCUACCCGCUAGUACUGCUCGCCACAGGACUUUGGCUUCUGUACAGAUGGCAGCAACAGUCCAGACUUCACAAACUAGGCAACAAAUUGCCCGGGCCCAUGCCCUUGCCAGUUUUUGGUAAUGCACUUUUGGCCUUUGGUAAAAAACCAGAAGAAUUGGUGAGAUAUGCUCUAGGAUACGCCGAAAUGUACGGAUCAGUGGUCCGCGGUUGGCUCGGCUCCAAAUUGUUAAUCUUUUUAACCGACCCUGAUGAUGUUGAAGUAAUCUUAAACAGUCAAGUGCACAUUGACAAAGCUUCAGAGUACAGGUUCUUUGAGCCUUGGCUUGGAGAAGGUCUGCUUAUUAGCUCAGGUGAAAAAUGGAGGUCCCACAGAAAAAUGAUUGCUCCCACAUUCCACAUCAAUAUCUUAAAGUCCUUUGUGGACACGUUUAACGAAAACAGCAGGGCUGUUGUCAACAAGAUGAAGACUGAGAUGGGAAAGGUGUUCGACGUUCAUGACUACAUGAGCGGUGUCACUGUCGAUAUUCUUUUGGAAACUGCAAUGGGAAUCACAAAGGAAACCCAAGAUGAAUCCGGUUUUGACUAUGCAGUAGCUGUAAUGAAGAUGUGUGACAUCAUUCACCAGAGACACUACAAAUUCUGGCUUCGAUUCGACUCUAUCUUCAAAUUCACUUCCUUCUUCGAAAAACAGAAGCACCUCUUGGGUAUCAUUCACGGUCUUACAAACAAGGUUAUCAAAAACAAGAAGGCAAAAUUCAUCCAUAAUAAAUCUAAGGGCAUCGUCACUCCUGGUAUUGUUGAACAAAAAACGUCCUCUGAUAACGACACAGGAUUGGCUAACGUAAAGACUUUAGCUGACACAGUCUUCAAGGGUUAUCGUGAUGAUCUGGACUUCAACGAUGAAAAUGAUGUCGGUGAGAAGAAACGACUCGCAUUCUUAGACCUUAUGAUUGAGUCCGCUCAAAAUGGUACCAACAAGAUCACUGAUCAUGAAAUUAAAGAAGAGGUCGACACAAUUAUGUUUGAGGGACACGACACAACAGCAGCUGGUUCAAGUUUCGUUCUUUGCCUCCUCGGUAUCCACCAAGACAUUCAGACCAAAGUGUACGACGAGCUUUACUCUAUCUUCGGAGACUCGGACCGCCCAUGCACCUUCGACGACACUCUCCAAAUGAAAUACUUGGAAAGAGUUAUCUUCGAAUCUUUGAGGAUGUACCCACCAGUGCCAAUCAUCGCCAGGAAGUUGAACCGUGAUGUUAAGAUCCCAACCAACAACUACGUCCUACCCGCGGGAUCUACAGUUGUAGUCGGUACCUACCAGAUUCACCGCAACCCGAAAUACUACAAGAACCCCAACGUCUUCGACCCAGACAACUUCCUACCAGAGAACACUCAGAACAGGCACUACUACAGUUAUAUUCCAUUCAGUGCUGGACCCAGGAGUUGUGUCGGUCGCAAAUACGCCUUGCUCAAGCUCAAAGUUCUCCUCUCUACUGUCCUUCGUAACUACAAAAUGGUGUCUGACGUCACAGAAGACCAAUACGUGCUUCAAGCCGAUAUUAUAUUAAAGAGAAACGAUGGCUUUAGAGUACAAAUUGAGCCCAGGAAUCGGGUUCCUUCUACAGCUUAA